AUGCUACGUCUGCGCCCCUGGCUAGGGCCUCUAAAGCCAUCAAUACCGCUAUCGACAAUAAUCCCAUCACGCACAUUUACUCAAACCCCUGUCCUCCCAGAAAAGCCGCUUCCCGCGCGGCUCAAGCUCAACGAUGCCGACCUGACAGUAUCCUACCUCAAGGGCACCGGCCCCGGCGGGCAGAAGAUUAAUAAAACCAACUCCGCGGUCCAGAUUACCCAUGGACCCUCUGGCAUUGUCAUCAAGUGUCAGGCGACACGCUCGCGCUCGCAGAAUGAAAAGAUAGCGCGCUCGCUAUUAGCGGAUCGGGUCGAGGCGCGUGAGAAGGGGGAUAAGAGUCGUGUUGCGCUGAAGGCGGAGGCAGCGAAGAAGAAGAAGGCUAGUAAGGUUAAAAAGGCGAAAAGGAAGUAUCGGGCUCUGGAGAAGGGCGAAGAAGGUGUGGUUGUGGCUGAGGUUGAGGCUGAGGCUGAGGAUCUGGAGGAUGGACUUGAAGAUGGGAUUGAGGAUGAAUUGCAAGGUCAAGGUGGCAAGGCAGAAACGAGGAGGGCUGGUGAAACGUCCAAGGGCUCGUCUGAGGCUUAA